AUGGACGCUGGCGGGUCGUCGCAGGGUCGCAAUCGUCGCUCAACGAUGCUCCCGGUGGUGUUCGCCCUCGGGAUUGUCGCAUUGUCGUCGGCGCUCCUGUAUCUGCAGGAAGCCGGGUCGCUGGGGAGAGGAGGAGGCCAGGGCAGCAACGCCGCGUGCGCCGUGUGGGACGAUAAGGUGGUGCCUCUGGAAGAGCAAAUGGCGCAUCUAGACCAGCAGCUUGCAGCCCUCACAGAGAGCAUUAGAGCUCACCAGCAGGUGUUGCUGGACAGGGAGCAGUUACCGUCAGCCGCCACAGAUGCUGACGGGGCUGGUGCUGGUGCUGACGUGGCGUUUGGCGAUGCUGACCUGGCACGCCCGGCACGGCGAGUGGCUCUCGACCUGGUUGAGAUCAUCGGCAAGACGCACCUGGACGCCCCUCGGCUGAAGGAGCUGAUAGAGCCCAUGGCGAAGCGCGUGGGCAAGUGGGUGCAGGACAAGGUGCAGGACGCAUGCCAGCCCUGCCGCCCGUGCAAUUCCACCAUUGUGCUCGUGGGCAAGCCCUGUCGGGUUAACGCCUUCCCCACUACGUGCCAAAGGAGGCUGUCCCCUGCUGAGGUGGACGAUGAGGAGGACUUGGAGGGUCCGAGCGAUGACAGAGUGGAGGGGGAGGGGGGAGAAUCGGUGGGGGAGGGAGCAGGAAGAAGGAAUUUAUUGAGUUGGAAUGGUGAGGAUAUGGAAGGCUCGGUUGAUAAUAGAGUAGAGGAGGAGGGGGCACAAGUGGUGGGGGAAACAGGAAGGAGGAAUUUGUUGGGUUGGAAUGGAGGGGAUUUGGAAGGGUCGGAUGACGAGAGAGUGGAGGGGGAGGGAGGGGGCAGCAAUGAAGGGAGAGUAAGAGGGGAGGCAGAAAGAAGGGAGCUGGAGGAGGUGGAAGGAGGGGAGGUGCAAGAAGGGGAUCCAGAGGAAGGGGAGGCAGAGGGGGGACGAGCUGGUGGGGGAAGGUCCCUUCUGCAGUGGGGGGGCUGGGGGGGGAAAGGCAAGGCGGGCAAGGGGGCAAGGGAAGGGGAGAGUGUGUGCAAGCGGGUGUCUCCCAUACACGCCAUCCUAGCAGCGGAGUCGGUGGCGGAGAGGAGGCGAGUGGUGAGGGAGCAGGAGGAGAGCGAGAGGAAGCGGCCGCUGUGUCGCGAUGGCACUGCUCCGGGCAGAGUGGAUGGGGGAGAGGAGGCGCGUUCUGAGGGAGCAGGGGGAGAGCAGCAGGGAGUAGCGGCCGCCGUGUCUGGAUUGCACAGAAACAAGUGGUUGCAGUUCUUUGGGGACUCCACCACACGCACUCCCCGUGCACUCACCAGGGAGUACAGCAAGAAGGAGGUGCGGGCGUGUCUGCGCCACAAGUGGGUGCACUUCUUUGGGGAUUCCACCACGCGCCACCUCACCACCAAGUUCCCCUCCCAUACAGGACCACAACCACAGGCUGCCACAGGUUGCAACAACCCCGCCCACCACAUGUUGCGAGACUACUGCAAUCCCGCCUGCCAGAGAAAGGAGUACAGCAAGAAGGAGGUGCGGGCAUGUCUGCGCUACAAGGAGUACAGCAAGAAGGAGGUGCGGGCGUGCCUGCGAUACAAGUGGGUGCAUUUCUUCGGCGACUCCACCACGCGCCACCUCGCGGCCGAGUUCUCCCGCCUCGCAGGCGUGCAGCGGCGGGCGGAAUACACCAAGAAGGAGGUGCGCGCGUGCCUGCGCUACAAGUGGGUGCACUUUUUCGGGGAUUCCACCACGCGCCACCUCGCGGCCGAGUUCUCGCGCCUAGCAGGCGUGCAGCGGCGGGCGUGGGACGCUGACAAGAACCGCACGGCGCUCAUGGACACGGGCGAUGGGGAUGAGAACUCCCCGCUGCCGAGGAUUACCUAUCUCUUCCGAGGGAAGAUGGCCCAUCAGCGACACCCCAUUGCCGGGGUGCCUCCAGAGAGGGACCUGAACAACGACUUUCUCGAAGCUUUCCGAGACCCCAAGGCGAAGCAGCCGGACACCAUGGUGAUGAGCAUCGGAGCACACGAGGUGAUCGGGUGGACGAGGCGGCCCCCGCCGGACCUGGACUUGCGCACGUUCAAGCGCGACACGGAGGAGGCCAUUGCGCUGCUCAAUGGCACCUUUACACGUGGACGGCUGGUGUGGUGGAAAGCCCACUACAUCUGGCCAGGGAAAGUUACAGGCCAGGAUUACUUCACUGUGCGCACUUUCCACGAGCUCUACCAAGCAUAUGCGUUCAGGCGCAUGGCACAACAAGGGUACACCAUGAUGGAUCUGUACCAGACGACCAAGGACAGAUACGACCAAGUCUUUAGAGGGGAUGGCGCACAUUAUGCGGACUCUCCUCCCGCGGAUGUGACAGACGCUUACCACAGCAGCGCGAGCGCCGAAAUUGCGGGUCGUACGCACCACAAGGAGCGGAAGGAGCGAAAAGAGCAUAAGGAGCGAAAAGAGCAUAAGGAGCGGAAGGAGCGAGAGGAAGGGAGUGACGGGUCGGAGGGAAAGCACCGGGAGGAGCGGAAGGAGAGAAAGCACGGAAAGGAAGAUGGAAAGGAUGAGCCGGAGGAGAGAGAGAGGCGAGUGGAAAAUGGUAAGGGGAGGCUGGAAAUCGAUGUGUCACACGCGGAAGGGGAGGAGGAGAGGGAGAAGAGGGAGCGUAAAGAGAGGAAGGAGAGAAAAGAGAGGAAGGAAAGGAAGGAGAGGAAGGAGGGGGAAGAUAGAAAGGAGAAAAAGGAGAGGAAGGAAAAGAAAGAGAGGAAGGAAAGGAAGGCUCUGACACCCAGAGCAGGGGAUUUACUUAGCCAGAGAGGAGAAGGGUUUCAAGUUCCUGCUGGUGAGCUGAGGAGGACCAGGAGUGGGGAAGAGCAAGUGGACAGGGUGGGGGGGGAGCAAGAGGAGCGAAAGGAGAGGAAGGAGAGGAAAGAGAAGAAAGAGAGGAAGGAAAGGAAGGCACUGACGCCCAGAGCAGGGGAUUUACUUAGCCAGAGAGGAGAAGGGUUUCAGGUUCCUGCUGGUGAGCUUAGGAGGACCAGAAGUGGGGAAUCGCACCUGGAUAAGUUGGUGGAGGAGCAGGAGGAGCGGAAGGGGAAGAAGGAAAAGGAGAAGGAGAAGCAGAAGGACAGGGAGAGGGAGAAGGAGAAGGGGAGGAGGGAAGAAAAGGGGAGUGAAGUGGAGGGAACAAACGAGAGAAGAGGGAGAGAGAAUGGUGAGUUGGAGGGAGCGAAUGGAGGGAUGGAGGGGGCGAGUGGAGGGAUUGGAGGAGCGAGCAGGGGUGUGGGGAAUCCGUACGGUGUUGCAGGGGCAGUGGGGGCAGCAACAGGGGCAGCAGGGGCAGCAAAGGAGCUUCCUGCUUUCCAGUCGAACGGUGAGGGUGGAUUGGAGGAGAGAGAGAGGAGAAUUAGCGAGCUGGAGGAUGGGAAAGCGGCUCUGGAGUGCAAGAGAGCGCGGGUGCAGGAGGAGGGGCGGCGAGCAGAGGCAGAGAUGCAGCGGUUGGUGGAACAGAAGGAGCGUCUGGAAAGUGCCAAGGCACGGCUAGAAGCGGAGAAAGUACAAGUGGAGAGGGAGAAAGAGCAGCUGGAGAAGGAGAAGAGGCAGUUUGAGGGGGAGAAAUCGCGAGUGGAAGAUGAGAAGCGGCAAGCUGAGGAGGUGAAGCAGAGAUUGCAAGAGGAGAUGAGGCGAGCGGAGGAGGAGAAGAGGCAGUGGGAGGAGGAGAGGCAGCGACUGGAGGAGGAGGUGGAGUAUUUAUCUCAGGAGCUGGAAACAGAGCAGGAGAUCGCAGCAGAGGCUGCUGAGAUGGCGCAGCGGGAUUGGGCGGCGCGGCAGGAGGCGCUCCGCCAGCUGGCGGAGGUGGAGCGUGAGCUGGCGAUGGAGGCGAGCGAGGCUGACGUGGCAGCAGCUGCAGUGAGAGAAGCAGCAGGAGCAGGAGUUUCUGAGGGAGUGACGAUUUCUCUGAAUCAGAACGGAUCAUUUGAUGCUGACGCUGCCGAUUUGGCCUCUUCCGUUCGAUCUCUCUCAUUCAGGGCUCAGGCCACUGAAGCCGGUAGCAUUCUUGAGCCUCCUCAACAUUCAUCACUCGCAGCACAGGCUACUGAAACUGACAGUAAACUAGGAAAGGGAGAAGCAAGCAUGGAUGGACCUGCAGCUGACUCUGACCCUUCAGACCCCUCAGACAGUGCUUCAGGCUUCACUGGUUUCGAUUUGAAACCAUCUGAACCAGGCCCUGGGCCAGCACCGCACUUGACCGCUUUCCCAACCUCUCAAUCGCUCUCUGCUGCCGCAUACGCUGCAGAGCGAUAUCAGAACCCAAGCUCUCACCAUCCCAGGCGUGUAGGCUCGGCAGCGCCGAAGCUGGACGUGCUGGCUCGGAUCCGAUCCGCCACGUUCGUCCUCCGCAACAGCAGCAGCCUCUCAAACACCCCUCUGGCAACCACCCCUUUGGCCUCCCCUGGGUGCUCGGCCAAAUUUCCUGGGUUUUCCCAAGCAGCAGCAAUGGCAGAAGCAGCAGCAGCAGCAGCAGCAGGAGCAGCAGGAGCAGCAGAUGCAGCAGCACAGGUGGCAUGUGGUAAGGCUGACCACCCGUCCACGGUGGAAGAGACAGGGGACGACGUUGAGGUGUCGCCUCUGUGCGUGCUGCUGCAGCAGCAGCUUCGCCAUCACCAGCAGCAGAUGGAGUGUGCUGCUGAUGCGGCUGCUGCCGCCGCUGCUGCUGCUGAUGCUGCAACUCCUGACAAAACUUCCACUGCUGCCGCUGCUGCCACUGCUGCUGCUGCUGCUGCUGUUGCCUCAGAUGUGGAAAUCCCGGCAGCUGGCGUUGAGGCAAGUCCGGAAGAGAGAGGGAGGGAGGCUAGAAGAAGAACCUCGUUCCCCAGGCAAGCAAGCAGAACGGCGUACAUGGGCCGACAGGCGAGUGGCCUCACAGCAGCAGCAGCAGUUGUAGCAGGUACAAAUUCGGAACAAUCCCGCUCAGGGCAAGCCACAGCAAGGCACGGUGCUCGGCCUCCCCUGUGCCGGCGCUGCUACACAGGCAUCAAUACCUCCUCCCUGCGCCAAGCCUCCUCUCCUUUCUCCUCUACUGCCAUUCCCCUCUCUCCCUCGUCCGAUGCGGUCUUGUCCGGAGGGGGGAUAGUGAGGGGAGAGGACGCGUUUGAGUACUGCGGGAGGCAGAGCAAGGCGUGGAGAGCGGUGCACUGCGGUGGCUUUGUGCACGUGAUGCUGCAGCUGUCGCUGGUCGGCGUGAAUCGGCUGGAGGAUUGUGUUGCGAGAGCAGAGGCGGCACGGGCGGCGAAAGAGACAACUGCAGCAGGGGCAGCCGAAGCAGAAGCAGCAGGGAAGGAUCUAGAAGUGUGUGCUCAUGGUGAUGGGGCUUCUGGGACUUCUGCGUCAGGCGCCUCUGCUCCUGCCUCUGCCGGUGUGUCUACUGGCUCUGGUCUGCUCGCAAUGCUCUCAUUGAGUCGACUGUUCCAGCAUGUUGCAGCCGCUGCAGCCACAGCAGCAGCUGCAGCAACACCUGGCACACCAAGCACAGCCGGCACAGCGGGCAGCAUUGCUGAGGAAGGGACAGAGCUCAUAGAUUUCAGUAGUGGCGAAAUAUCACUGAGCAACCGCACUACCACUGGCAGCAAAAGCAGCAGUGGCAACAUUAGCGGCGAUGUAAGCAAGGCUCGGCAGGAGGCUCGAGAGCAGGCUCGGGAGCAGGCUCGGAAGCAGGCUUGGGAGCAGGCUCGGAAGCAGGCUGUGGAGCUGUACGUGCUACAGCUACAGACGGAAGCCCUGAGGGCUACAGCCGGAGUGCUGAGGGAAGAGGCUGGUGUGGAAUGGAGGACUGUGAGACGACUGACAAUGGAAAAAGGAGAUGUUGAAGAGAGGGUGGCUGGGUUAGAAGCCACUCUCGUUCUAUUCACAAAAGACACGGAAAAAGGAGACUCGGUCGGAAUGGAGAUGGUUGGAAAGGACUCGGUCGAUGAUGAUGCCUUUGCUGGAAAUACUCAAGUCAAAGAAGAAGGGACAUGGGGGGGAGAGGAAGGAGAGGGCAUGGUUGGGGAAGAGACAGGGGCACAGAAGGAAGGGGAGCAGGAGGAGGGAGAGGGUGUGGUUGGGGAGGAGAGAGGGGCGAGAAGGGGGGAGAAGCAGGAGGAGCAGGAGGAGGGAGGGAACGUGAUUGGGGAAGAGAAUGGGGCGAAUGGAGUGGGGGAGCGGGAGGAGGAGGAGCAAUUUCAGCAGGUGUCUCGAAAUGUUCUCUUCUCGGCCAUUGCGGAUGCUUGGAAGCAGGCCGAAGCGCUUGACCAGGCUAUUCUUGCCAGCUGGCAGGCAAAAGAGGAGAAGGAGAGGGAGAUCGACAUGGUGCUCCAACAGCUGAGCGAUGUCGAGACAAGAAUCGCCGCCCUCCAGGCCACGGAUGGUACCAUCAUCGGCUCUCUUUCUGUGAGUGUGCUAUUUUACCACAUCGGAGCUCAUCUGGAGGCCUACAAGGCUACCGGCAAGGACGUUUCGUGGCAGAUUCACGACGACCGCGCGCUGCUGGCGCUACAGGGCCCUCUCGCGGCGUCCUCGCUGCAGCCGCUCGUGUCGACGGACCUCUCCAAGAUGUCCUUCAGCGAUUUCACCAUGCUCAAGAUCGACGGCCACGAUUGCUUCCUCACCCGUACGGGCUACACUGGAGAGGACGGGUUUGAAAUUUCCGUGCCUAAUGAGAACGCACUGGCACUUGCCAAGAAGCUUCUCGAGGUGAGCGAGGGGAAGGUGAGGCUCACUGGUCUUGGCGCCCGCGACUCGCUCCGCCUGGAAGCCGGACUCUGCCUGUACGGCAACGAUCUAACAGAGGAAAUCACCCCGGUGGAAGGCGCGCUUGCAUGGACAAUCGCGAAGAGACGGCGGGCAGAGGGAGGAUUCAUUGGAGCUGACGUGAUUUUGAAGCAGCUGGCGGAUGGGCCUGCAAGGAGGAGAGUGGGUUUGACGUCUACUGGAGCCCCUGCUAGGAGCCAUGUAGAGAUUUUGGAUGAGGGGAAUGUGGUCGGGGAGGUGACCAGUGGAGGGUUCAGUCCGUGCCUGAAGAAGAACAUUGCGAUGGGGUAUGUGAAGAAUGGGCUGCACAAGGCGGGUACGGAGCUGAAGGUGAAUGUGAGGGGGAAGGUGAAUGAUGCUGUGAUUGCCAAGAUGCCGUUUGUUCCCACCAAAUAUUACAAGGCGUGA